UCUGUGCGCAAGUCUCUGAGAACCGGCGAAAUGUCAACGGGUUUAAGGCGCUGUGUUUACCAACAUUGGUUAAAAAACCGUAAUUUAAGUAAAUUUAUAAGAAAACAAAAAUAUUGUUCCACAAAAACGGCAAAAAUAGACGCCGGAGAGACCGUGGAAGACCUCAAAUACUAUGCCGACUUUAAAAAGUUAAUAAAAUCCUCAAAAACAGAUCAUAAAGAUGGACACACGUGCUUGCAAGUACCAUGUAAGCUUUGCAAAAAUUCCUCGGCUGAUAAUUGGGCUUAUGUAAAUAAACGUACUGGAAGUUUUAAUUGUCCAAACUGUGAUGUAAGAAUGUCUUUAUUGCAAGCUAAAAAUGCUUAUGAAAAAUCAAAACAUGUUAUAGAUUAUCAAAAGGAAACUUCUAAAGUUUAUAACACAAAAUGCCGCCAACUAACUGCUGUACCCGGUAAUAUAUGUGACAGUUUGCAAAUAAAAGGUUUAAAAUUGGUGGAUUUUGAAAUGUUAAACUCGGGUUAUGAUGCCGAACUAAAUGUUUUACAGUUUCCAUUGACAAAUGCUGGACAAAGAAUAGUGGGCGAGAAAUGGUUGCAUUUAGAAGAUGGUAGAGAGGAAUGUUUUCAAAACAACAAUUCAUCGGGAGUCUUAUUAUAUGGUUCAUCGAACAAACAAAAAGCCAUAGUAGUGGCAAACUUACUGGACUUUUUGGUUUUAAUAUCUCAGCGUAUUGAUACACAUGCUAUUGUCUGUUUACCAUAUGGCUUAAAAAGCCUGCCACAAGAAUCUUUACCUGCUUUGGAACACUUUAAGGAAUUGGUAUUAUGGUUUAAGUGUGAUUCUACGGGUUGGGAUGUUGCCAAAACGUUUGCCAAUAAAAUGGAUGAAAAACGUUGUCUUCUCAUACGACCCACCGUUGCUGAACCCUGCCCAUUUGAAGCACAUAGAAAACGUUUAAAUAUAAGGGGUAUUUUGCAGAGAGCCACGCCAGUGCGGCACAAAUCAAUUACAACUUUUAAUUCUCUGAGAAAUGACGUCCUAAGUGAAUUGCAAAAUAUAGAAAAAGUGAAUGGUGUUAAAUGGAAACGGUUUCCCAUACUUAAUAAACUACUUAAAGGACAUCGCAAGGGAGAGUUGACUAUAAUAACUGGACCUACCGGUAGUGGUAAAACUACAUUUAUGAGUGAAUAUUCAUUAGAUUUGGCAUUGCAAGGCGUUUCAACACUAUGGGGUUCAUUUGAAAUUAGAAAUGCCCGUUUAGCAUCAACUCUGUUAAGGCAAUUUGUGGGAUACUCAUUAGAAAAAAAAUUACAUGAAUUCGAUCAUUGGGCUACAGAAUUUGAAAAGUAUCCCAUGUACUUUAUGACUUUUCACGGACAACAACCGCUGAAAAUCGUAAUGGAAGCGAUCGAACAUGCCCACUAUGUCCACGAUAUAAGUCAUGUUAUAAUAGAUAAUCUACAAUUUAUGAUGGGUAUUUCAAAUACCUAUCGUACGGACAAAUUUUGGGAACAAGACAAUAUAAUUGCGGCAUUUCGUGCUCUUGCUACUAAACACAAUGUACAUGUCACCUUGGUUAUGCAUCCACGCAAAGAAAGAGAAGAAGAUGAUUUGACUACUAGUUCCAUAUUUGGUUCGGCCAAGGCUAGCCAAGAAGCGGAUAAUGUUUUAAUUAUCCAGGAUAAGCGUUUGACCAGUUUAAAGGGCAAAAAAUAUUUACAAAUUGUUAAAAAUCGUUACAGUGGCGAUUUGGGGAUAAUGCCAUUGGAAUUUAACAAAGAAGCUUUAAGUUAUGCCUACUCGGGACAAAAGAAAAAGGCUAAGGAAAAGGACCCGGAAACACAAACCCAAACAGAGUCAUGAGAGUCAUAGUAUUUAUAUUUUGUUAAACAUUACACAUUACUAUUAAUAAUUGUUAUUGCUAAUUUUUACUAAGAUUUAAGAGCAUAAUUACUGUACUGUUAAAAGUAUAUAAAAAAUAGUUUUGAUAUUGAAUACAACAACUUUUUUGUAUUUUA